AUGUCGCUGGGUAAAUCACCACGAGAACUCGAUGCAGACUGGGGCUGGUUACCUGACACCGAUUCCACAGCGUCAGAAGAUAUAUCUAUUGACGGAAUUGGCGUGUUAGGCAUACAUUUACACCAACUUAUCGUGAAUAAACCAUUCUAUUCCGAUAGGCAACAAAAGUCUAUUGAUGCAUUUCGUAUAUGUAUCAGUGCUUAUGCACUAACUCGGUAUUCUAAAACUAGGCGUGUGUAUGUCAGUGAAAAACAAGAGCCUGUUGCACGAUUUGAUCAAACAAUACAAAUGUUAACUCGCAUUUAUGAUAAACGUCGGGAUAAACGACACCUCACUCAUGUUAUUCUGUAUGGCUAUUCGAAUGAAGACAAACGAUUUGUUUUAAUAGCUGAUCAAGUCAUUGAUAGUAUCAAACUCGUCUCUGCUCGACAUAUCAGUGAAGCCAUCAUAUUUGAAAGUUCCACUGAUAUUUGUGGAAAAGGAACUCUACUAAUUGAAUUGAUCUUUGUUUAUGGCAGACAUGGUUACAACUAUAGUUCACAGCUUGUUUUUCAAAACGAUGUUCAUCUAUCAAAUACUAUUAAACACCUAACAUUAUUCGAACGCAUUCAUUCAACAGACGGUCCGAACCGCGCAACGAAUGGAUUGUACAAUCCGCCAGAAACUGAUCUACCACUCUUUUUAAAACUAUCAUUUGAUGAAUUGUACCAAGUUCAUGAAAACCCAAUAAAGUAUCCUCAAAUUAUCAAAGCUUUAUCAACGAGUCCUAAACACUCAUCAAUAAGUGCAAUUAUGGAAAUGCAAGCCUCAAGAAAGCAACGUUUAGAAACACUUUUCAACUUCUUAACUGAAGAUCCUUGUUUACCUGAACAAAACAUUCUCGAUCCAACAGUAUCGCGUUUACUUCCAUGGAGUAUAGCUUAUUGGAAACGCGCCCUGUCAGGUUUACCUCUACAUGCCAGCAAUCUAGACUUCAACGGUUCCCAGACUGACAUCACACAUCUUACAAAUACGUCACCUGUUCUUCGUCAAGUUAUUGAUCGCGAAGAACAUUACGUCUCGCUAACUAACAGUACAACGAAUCUGGAAAUGUUAAAAACUCGCGUUCAUCGCGUAAUUCAUCAUUUUUUCGAAUUACUUCGUCAGUAA